CUUUCCAAACAGCUGUCUUGACCAGAGUGACGACUACCGGGAGCUCAGCGGCUCCGGCAGCGCAGAGAAUGAAUACCCGCCGCUGAGGAUGACUCGACUUGACCCAUCACCUCACCGAAGCGACGCCCGGUCCUGGACGAUGGACGAAACUCACAGCAGAGAUGGUCUCAACAGGCGUUCAGGGUUUAAAGAAGAAAGAGAGAAGCGAGAAAGCGGCUACUUCUCUCUGGGGAGGCCAGCAGGUGCCCGCGCCCCCCGUGUUAACAGCCCCCAAGCUCCUUUUCGCCAUUUCGAAAGAGGCCAUCCAAUCUUUAACAGUCAAAACAUCGAGCCCAAGGAUACCGUCCCCUUCAGAAAUCCCGGUCUCGGUCUGGCCUCUGAGAGGCAGGUACCCGAGGUUCAGGAUGAAGAUCUGCCUGUGGAAUUCCUUCCUCCUGACCCCUACGACAUUGCCGUUGAGGUUGAGGCACAGGUCGGCGCUCGUUCUCCGAGUCCUACCCCUUUCAAAAUAGCUGAGUCGCUAGCCGGUGCGGAGCGAAAAGGCUUGAUCCGCUCGUACGGUAGAGGAACGGCUUCUUACAAUUCUGCCUCCCGACAAUUUGGGCGCUUUGAUUCUUCGAGGCAAGGCUCAGCUCUACAAUCUCGCUUUUCCUCCCCGCCACGUGGAAACGCUCGAUGGAGGGAUGAUGACUUUCUUUCUCCGAUCAGAGGGCAUACCGUUGAUGCUACGGAGCCGCGAUUGAGAGGCACCCUGCGAGGAUCACAUGGCCGACAUGUAGACUCUGGAACUUUGCCAAGAAACUUUAAAUCUCUUGCCAGGUCAGUCAAAUCCCAAUCCAGUACAGUCUCUGAUUUCCGGAGCGCCUUACGAAAAACGGAAGUAAGUGGAUCCUUCAGUGGUCUGGAAAGCAGGAGCUCAUCUGCUGGCCAAAUGUCACUCUACAAAGCCGGAAAUGCGAUCAGUUCUUUCCACGGACUCGCCAAUCCUACGCACGCUCCAUCUCGCAGACCUUCUGGGAGUCGCCGUGAAAGUCGUGCGUCCUCGCCCGCAAGAAGAACUUACAGUUCGUCGGGCCAAUUUGUCCUACGUAAAUGGGAAUCGAUGACCUCACUGGACGGAAGAGGUCAUCACGGACGCUGCGGGUCCCCAAUACGAGAAGGCUACGACAUUGAAAGUCAGGCUGUCCUGCGAAAUGGACUGAAUGGUCUCGAUCGUGAAAACCCAAGCCGCCCCCCAACCAAAUGUUGUUAUGACACAACGAGUCAGCCAAAAUUUAACAAGACGGGAUCCAAUACUGGCAGUGGCAGUCAAGUCCUUGAUAGCUAUUCUGAAAAAAGAUCCUUUCAGACUACUGGUCAAUAUCCACUUCGAAAAACAGGAAGCUGUACUUUGUUUAAUGGUCGUGAAAGUCGAAAUUCCUCUCCUUCAAGGAGAAGUGAUGAAACUUCCACUCAGUCGACACUGCGCAAGUCUGAAGUUAAAACUUUAGACAGCCGUAGCUCUUUGCCAUCAAAACAGAGCUACAGGGCCCCUCACCAAGCCUCAUUUCGUAAAAAUGAGCGUGGCAGCUCGCUAAAGAGAAAUAAUAAGAACACCCGUAAUGCUUCCCCGUCUGGAAAUACCACCAACGACCCUCCGGGCUACUCUGUUCUCAGACAUCCCAACAAUGGAGAGGGCGGCCGUUCAUUUCAGAGAAAAAACAACGAUAGUGUCUCCAAAUCUGCCCCUGAUCGCUCACCACGGUCAUGGCGGGGAUCAACACCUUCCCUACGCAGCUCCUCGCUAUCCCGCGCUGCUUCUCCCACCAUGCGGAAUGCACAAGUCCACAAAAACGCUUCGGUCACCUUGCAAACUCCGAGAAGCCCCGGUGGUCUUCGAUCUAGGGAUGGGCGACGGGGUCUAGAAGAUCGCUAUACCACCCAUCAUGCUCAGAGGAGCCCUUCGCCUGUACCCCCAAUGAAAAUGCGCAGUCGUACUUUAUCGCAGAGCUCCAUGGAUUCCUCAGAGUCUGUGGCCUCCGCUGGAAAGAAAAAGGAGGACUAUGCCACGAUGGCUGAUCUGCCCAAUGUCAAAAGGAUCCAUCAGAGAGAUGAGCACGACCACAUGGAGAGACCUCACCAGCGCUCUCGGAGACAGCAGCUCUUCAAACCAGCCAGCCACUCCCUAAGCAAGCAUCCCUCCAGAGAGUGGGAAGACACGGGGGAAACGGACAGAGAAUGGCACUAUGGCGGCAUCGGGUAUCUACCUCGAGUUCACUCCUGCUCCUCGUUGCAAAGGUCUUGCAGUCCCCCAGCAGAUGCGGGCAGUACUUGGACAGAUUAUCAUCACAAAUCAGCGCCAAUGCAGGUAUGCGACACAGCUAGUACAAACAACUUUCACUGAUUUCAUUUAUUUAUUUUUUGAAUUUUCUCUGGUGGCAAAUCAAAACACAGUUGUUACAUAAAUGCAACACAAAAUGCUUCCCAAAUAGUGUCACGAGCCAAUUCUUCAGAACACGAAAGCUCACUCAUACGGUAAUAAACAUUAUCUUUCUUUUCUACAGUUGUCAGACCAGAUGACAGCUUGCCCAGCGUUCACAGAUCAUGUUUAUUAUUUGUGGAUUACACCGAACCUUCUUUUUGUCAACGUGCAGUUGUUUUGUAGACUCUCUACCGUAAUGGCUACAGGCAUUUCUUAAGAUUGAGCUGUGUCACUUGUGGCGUACUGGCUGGGGCAUGUGUUGAAAUUCCUGGGUUGCGCCAAGUGAAACCAACAGUGACAAAAUUGGGUGACCCGGAUGUAGGUGGUGUGGACCAUACAUGUAGAUACGUAGACGUCGCCUUGGCGCCAAUUGUACGUCUAAGGCGCGACCAUAUUGGGUGUGGAAAAGUGAAGCGGUUGAUGAAGAUGGCUCAUUCAUUUGCCCGAUAGAGAUUUACGACUGACUGACAUUUUAUACUCAAAACCAGAUCUCGUGGGUUUAAGACUGUGUGUGGGGGGGCAAUUGAGAGGCAUUUAC